ACCGCUUUAGAGAGGUGCCAAAAUGCUGCACUUACUCAUUGUGCCCAUGUCAUAAGGACAAAUCCAAACGGAGGCCAAAGCCAAAGGCGGUCACAGACGUCCACCCACAGGAAUUGCCCUUUCCCAUGCUGCUGAACAGGGAAUGCCUGCACAAAGUGAUUGACAUCUACAUGGACAAGUUGGCGCAGGAACAUCCACGGGCAACAAUGGGCCAUGGUUCACCUUCCCCGAGCUUUCAGAGAGAAUUCUCGAUGCUGUGGUACUUGGACAACUUCUUUGACGAUAUAAAGCGUUGCUUCGUGGGGGGCAUUAUUCCCGAAGUAGAGGCCUAUGCAGCGUGCUGCAAGAACAGAAAAAAGAUGGCAUCACAAAUCAAGUCUCAGGACGACACCAAGGUGCACAAAGAACCCUCGAUAGACCCCUUAAAGCCUGGCGGCACCUCGUACAACCGAAACCGGCCAAAGCGGCACCUCGAGCACGAACAAAGCCACAAAGAUGAAGCAGAGGAACAGGAGAUGCGAGAUCAGCUGGACAGUGAGCAGAAGGAUACUAGAAACCGAAACCGCGUCAGUCGUCCAUUCCACGCUAAACCAAAGUGGCGCCUCGAGUACGAACAAAGCCUCAAAGAUGCGGCAGAGGAACGAGAUCGAAAUGACCAGCAGGAAAAUGAGCAGAAGGAAACUAGAAAAGACAAUGGACUGGAAAAGUUUCGGACUACUUUGGAGCAAAACAAAAGGAAAAACCUCCGACGAAGACAGAAGCUUAGGCGAGAAUCAGGAAUCGCAAGAGGGAUCCCAGACUCUGGACCAUAUCGUAAUCCAACUCCAGAGCAGCCUCCCAUCCAGGAGCCGGAAGAGAACCAAGUGGAGAAAAUAUCUCAUGAAAAUAACUUAAUGGGGAUCUUUCCCAAACGUAAAUCAGGUGCCUCCAUACAUACGCCCUUUGGAAAAUACAUGAAAGGCGAAGAAAGUAAAGACAGGAAGUCGUUCACAAAGCCCUUACAUGAAAUGCUGCACAACCAGACCGUGCCAGAGCUGACUUCUAUGCUUCGAAGCUCGCACCGGAUGCCGGUGAUGUAUCAAGAGGACUCUGAGGGGAAACAAGAGGAUGCCCAGAAGAAGCGAACGUCUGCAGAUGCCUCCAAAAAGGAACAGGACUCCAAGAGCAGGCGAACGACAGGACUUAAGAAAAGUGCUGUAGACAGCGCAAAAAAUGAAAAGGACUCCAAGAGGAAGCGAACGACUGGCAAGAACAGAUCCAAACAUAAACUGGAAGGAAUGGAAAGUUUUGACAAAUCUGAGAGAGCCUAUCGCAAGGAAAGAGCUGGAGAAACCUCCAAAAAUGAACAGGACUCCAAGAGAAAGAAAACGAAAGUACUCAAUAAAAGAGGUGCAGAUAGCGAAAAAUAUGAACAGGACUCCAAGGGGAAGCGAACGACUGGCAAGAAAAGAUCCAAGCGUGAUCUGGAAGAAAUGGAAAGUUUUGACAAAUUUAAGAAAGCCUAUCGCAGGGAGAGAGCCGAAGAAACCUCCAAAAAUGAACAGGAUUCCAAGAGGAAGCGAACGACAGGCAAGAAAACAUCCAAGCGUGAUCUGGAAGGAAUGGAAAGUUUUGACAAAUUUGAGAAAGCAUAUCGCGAGGAAAAAGCCGGAGAAACCUCCAAAAAUGAACAGGACUCCAAGAGAAGGCCAACGACAGAAUUCAACACAAGAGCUGGAGAAACCUCCAGAAAUGAACAGGGCUCCAAGAGGAAGCGAACGUCUGGUAGUCCGCGUCAGACAGCCACCAGCAAAAGACGUGGGGAACACUCCAAAAUUGACCAAGGAACACGGGACGGAAGAAAAAGCAUUGACAGCUUUGCCAGCAUCAAUAUAGAUGCUUUCCUCAAGGAAAGAGAGAAAGCCGACUCCGUCCAGAAGAGGUCCCUACUAAAUCGUGGGAAGAAAGUCAAUGUAAUAGAUCCAAAGUUUUCGAGCACCUUCGGGGAAAUGCUAACAGGAAAAGCUGCAGUCGUACCAGAGCUCCAUCCGGCCCUGAAAAGUUUCCACCAAAUUCCCACAGUCAAUGAUGAUACCCCGCCAGGAUCCAAACGAUCGCUUCGCUCGAAACAUGGAAAAAUCAUUACAGGAAUACCCGCACGCACUAACGCACCCAGGAGAAAUAACUUUGCGAAAAUGGGCGCAUACUAUCACUUACCCAAGAGGUGGAGGGAACCCAACGAGCUAAGUGCGGAUGUGGCUAGCCUUCUUGAACCUUCCUACAUGGAGCCAAUCGGCUCGAUCCUUAAGGAGUCAUCGAAAUUCAAGAGCGGGAUUUCUGAGCACAACACCUGGUAUAAGAUAAAUACGAAAUUCAAAUCGUCGGGGAAGAAUAUCCCCCGUCUAGGAAAUAAAGUAAACGCUGACUACAAGCCGGAAGAAUUGAUACCCUACGUCGCCAAAACUCAGAAUGGAAUAGACUCCUCUUUGUUUGGCCAUUUAUAUGUGGGUGAAACGUCCAGUCUAACAGACAAUCCUGCUUCGAAAGAAACGCGAUUGCAAAAGUUCACGAACUACAUCAGAGGCUCAAGACCGGAUCGUAAAAUACUGAGAAGAGAGGGUUCGAAGCACUCCAUCGGGUACCUGUCGCCCACGAAAAGCCUGAUUAGCCGGGCUAGUUGGCUGAGCAAGAGAAGCGAUGUUUUCCAUCCUUUAAAAGGACACGGAUCAGUGGUCAGCAUAAUGGAAGUGAAAACGGAGCCUGUGCAAAAAGAAAAGGAGGAAGAGUUCGUAGAAUUCGAUGAAUUCGACUUUAUGUUCAGGAACAUGCCAGACCCUUUCCUCAGCGACAACGAUCGGAAGUCCCAGGCUCCCUCGCCAACACGCUCAGUAACCACAUCCAGGCGACCCAGUUCUUUGCUCCGUACAGAGAACACAAUGGAUGAGCGCGCCGCCCUGGAGGCGAAAAUCAAGAAGCUCAUGGAGCACUGUGCCAUACGGGAGAUCGCUCAACCCAAGGCGAAGCGUAAUUUUGUGUCCGAGGCCAUUGGUCGUACCUAUGUUCCUCCGCCAAACAAGAGACCAGAUCACAUCAAGGCCAAGCCGAAGCCGAAGGACAAGUUCCCCACUAGGAUGGAGUUACUCCAUGUGCCCGAGCCCAUCAGGGGGCCAUCGUUCGCUGAGAGGACCCGUAAAAAAUUCCAGGCCGAACUACAGUCCGAAGAGUGGAAAUAUCCCCUGCUGGAGCCGAUAAAGCCUGUGAAGAUACGUCGCUAUUCAGAACCUAUUCGCCUCCCAUCUUCCGAAUGGGUAGUUAAAUUGCUGGAGGAUACUCUCGAAGCACCUCCAAAACCGGCGUAUGAGCGAGGAGCUGGAGAUAGCCCAGCCGCGGAUGGAGGUCAUUGCACUAUCUGCGAUCAGCUUGAAAAGAAUAAACGCGAGCCAGACUCUCCACUGAUCAAGAGGUUAAAGGCCCAAUCGCGACGUCUUGAACUCCGUGCCUACUACCGACUAAUGAUGCUUCGAGAGCGACAGAAAAACCUGCAAGCGACUCCUGUAGCUCCCUUUCCAGAGGGAACUACUCCUUUGCCAGCUCAGAAAGCGGACUGCUCCUAAAAACAAAAUAAGCAUCUAGAAAGAGCUUGGAAGAGUUUAGAACUGCGGUCACAAGCAGAGAUUAUGUAACUUUUGGUUAAUAUAUCCAUAUGGCAUCUCCAAGGUACGUAUCGUCUCGGCCUUGGACAAAGUUGCCUUCAUACAAAUUUUGUGUUUGUAUGCCCAGAGGCAGACCGGAACUCUGAUUGCCAGGUGGGAGUAUAUCGAGUACCUCAGCUGGCAACCAGGUGGCCAGUCUGCCUCCGUCAUCCAACAAAUGUACACGUAAUUUUGACAAAUACAAAUUAAAACGUUUUUAUAUGCGUACAAAUAA